UAGCAAGCUAGUGAAAGAGAGAGUAGAAUCCAUAGUAGAAUGUCUAUGGAACGCUACCAUUCCGUCUUAUAAAGACAAAUCUAUGCGAGAUUCAGCACUACAAAAAAUGUGUGGCGAAUUAUUGACAAUGGGUAUACAAAUGAAUACCAAAGAAGUAAAAAAUAAAAUAAAAAAUUUAAGAGCAACUUAUUGUCAAGAACUGUCAAAAAUUGAUAAAUCAACCAGGUCUGGAGCUGGUUCUCAAGAGGAAUAUACGUCAAAGUUAAAUUGGUUCAAGGAAAUGCACAGUUUCAUUAAAAAUGUACCAAUGAAAAGAAAAACAACGGACAGUGAAGAGUCAGCAGUGGAUGAAGAACGAACCAAUACUGAAAAUCUGAAUAUCGAUAAUGUUAACAAUGAUGACAAUGAUGCAAUGUCAGAAAAUUUUUCACAAUCUACGUCUACAUCAAAUAAUAUAACGCAACGCAACAAGUCCGCGGAAAUAACUACGAAAACAACAGUACCAGCUGCUGCGAAACCAUCUACAUCUAAAUCACAGCUCAAAGUGCCAGAGACACCAGCCCCAAAAAAGAAAAAAAUUGCGCAAGUGGCAACAUUGGUCAACGAAAUUAGGUCGCUCACGAAUGAUUUAAAUAGAGACCAUACAAUAAUACCACAACAAAAUGAACACGAUAUUUUUGGAGCAUUUGUAGCUAGCCAACUUAAAAUGUUAUCAUCUAUUCAGGCUAUUACUGCUCGGGAUGAAAUCAAUGCUACAUUAUCUCGUUGUCGAAAGACGGAUUUAAAUUAUAGUAAUACAACAUUUUCAUACCAGACACCGAGUCACGAGUCUUCAGACACGACAUUCAGUAUUGACUAUGAAGAUUCAACGAACGUUUUCGAUGUGAUUACCACAGCAUUCAAAAAUGCAUAAUGUUGUGGAGGUGGAAAAACAUCACAUUCUUUGUUAUUAUUCCCAAAUGUAUUUUUAAUAAAUAAAAAAUAAUACAAACCUUAAUG